AUGAAGAGCAAAAUUUUGUGUAAUCUUUUUAAAGGAAAGAGUUGUAUUUGUUUAUAUACAAAUUGUUUGAAUGAAAAUAAUGUGAAUAAAUGUUAUUAUAAUUUAGUACGAAAUUAUAGUGAUCAUGUAAAAGAUCAUUUUAAUAAACCCAGAAAUGUUGGGUCAUUUGAUAAAAACGAGAAGAAUAUUGGUACAUCAAUUGUUGGGAAAGCAUCAUGUGGAGAUGUAAUAAAGUUACAAUUAAAAAUUGAAAAUGAUGUUAUAAAAGAUGCAAGAUUUAUGGCCUUUGGUUGUGGGUCUGCUAUAGCUAGUAGUUCUUAUGCGACUGAAUUAAUUAAAGGAAAGACAAUCGAUGAAGCUUUAAAAAUUAAAAAUAAUGAUAUCGCUUCACAUUUAAGUUUACCCCCUGUAAAAAUACACUGCAGUUUAUUAGCAGAAGAUGCCAUCAAACAUGCUAUAAAAAAUUAUAGAGAAAAAGUUUUAACGUGA